CACAAUCCAACAUGGCGCUGCACAUGUAGAGAAGAAGCAUGUUAAAGUCAUUUUUAUUGAAUUUACACGUCUAAACUCUGUGAGAAAUGACAGAUUCGAGUCUUGGUUGUUUUCCAGUGAGGUAUUUUUGCACCGCGGGUCAUGGGAUGGAGCAGUUUUUGGUGGAGGAGGUGAAAAGCAAAGUUGGAGCGCAGGAUGUUAUCCGUUUGCAGGGAAAGGUGAUAUUUAGUUCUUGUGCAAACAUCAACAGCGUCACGAGUCUGAAAUCAGCUGAGAGACUUUUUCUUUUACUGAAUCAUGAGGGGCCCUUAAAGCUGCCUGCCCACGUCAAUCAAGCAAAGGCAUCCUCUCUGCUGCAGUCCAAGCUCACUGGAGAUAAGGAGGAACUAGCCAGAGCUGCAAUGUUGUGUAUCAGCCUGCAGGGGGCGAUCAAAGACAGAGCCAUAAACUGUCAAGUCCAAACAGAAGGUGUGAAAAAAAGGGACCAGGAUGAGCAGAGUCAUGGAGAAGCCAGCCAAUGCAAAAGAAAACGGUUGGAGCAUGAAAAUCCAGAUGGUGCACCCAGGGAUCAACAAACCGAGCGACUACCAUCUGUGGACCCAGUCACUUUUAGAAUUUGCUGCAAGUGCAGUGGAAGUGUGGCCCGAUACUUCAGCACACAGGAUGUUAGUAAAGUCCUGGGAGCCAGUCUGACCACAUUGUUGGGCUGGAGGGUUGACCUUAAAAAUCCACACUUAGAGGUAAAUGUCAAUUUGACUGAUGAUUAUUGUCUCCAGGGGAUCCCACUGACAAAAUUUCCGCUCGCCACCAGGAGCUAUGUUCAAACCACAGGCUUGAGGUCUACAGUGGCCUGGGCGAUGGGCUCAAUGGCUCAGAUACAGCCAGGGUCUCUUGUGGUUGACCCGAUGUGUGGAGUGGGAACCAUCUUGAUAGAAGCAGCAAAGGAGCACAAUGACACAUAUUUCCUGGGGAUUGAUAUUGAUGAUGAGCAGCUGGUUAAAGCCAGAGGGAAUAUUGUUCAUGCACACCUAGAAGGCAGGAUGCAAGUCCUUAAAGCCUCAUCUUUGGCUCUGCCUUUGCACAGUGCCAGUGUGGACGCUGUUGUUUGUGACUUGCCUUUCGGUCGCAAAUUUGGUACGAAAAUGGAUGCAGCCAAGAACUUACCUCUCAUUCUUUCUGAGAUGACAAGAGUUCUUCGGGUUGGUGGCGUCCUGGUUCUUCUACUGAGUCCUCAGCUUUCAUGCCAAAUAAAAAGACUUAUCACCCAAGACGAUGCUAAAUCAGACUCUGUUCAGGAAAAUGAUUCACAAACUGAAAAGCAGGACUGUCAAUCUGAUGGAGCAACUAGCACAGAGCAGCCGUCCAGUCCAGGCCGAAAAAAGGGACCACCAUCCACCCAGGAAACGGAGCAUCUCUAUGGGCUCAGAAGAACCAGUCCCCUUUCCUCUCUGAGACAUGAAAAUACUAUUAGGGUCAGUUUAGGUGCAAUUGAUGGACUAAUGCACAAGUUUGUCAAAUUAGACCCAUGAUUCAAACAAUAUUUACACAAUACAAACCACAAAGAACCAUAUAGACCACAGCUGUACAAUACUGCCAUCUGCCACUGUUAGCCCUGCUUAGCCCAGAUUUACAUUGGGAGGCUUAAUCGAGUAUUAGCAUUGAUU